UGUCCCUGUAAAUACUGACUCCCCUCACAUGACUUCCCUGCAACCCCUCCCCUGCUGUUAUUCUUAUCCCUCAUUACCUUCCAAGCUAAACGCCAUUCCCUCUCCUUCCCUCUCCUUCCCUCUCUCUCCUCCUCUGUUCCCUGUCAGCUCCAUUUUCAGUACUACUCUGCAAGUUCUGCCACCUCCAUUAACAGCACCCUUCAAGCAAGCAAGCGACUUUGCAAAACUCUCUCUCUCUCUCUUCGCUUUCUCCAUUUCGCUUUUCACUUUCCCUUUUCCUCCCCCCUUUACCUCCCAUCUGGGCUUUCUUCCCUCCAUUAUCUAUCUCCACACACCCACACGGCCAUCUGCUUAUUCUGGCUCUCCCGACCAUGGAAGCUUUCAGCCUCCUCAAGUACUGGCGGGGGGGAGGCGUCGUCGGGGGCUGCGACGCUUUCAGCAAUGCCCGCGCCUCCAGCACCACCAUUGUCACAACAGCGGUCCAGGCCGGUGUGGAGUCCGAUACCGACAUUGAUGACGACGACGACGGCCCGUUCUUCGACCUGGAGUUCGCCGUCCACGACGGAGAGGAAGGAGAAGUAGCCGGCGGGGAAAACGCACGGGACAGUACUCUCGGGGACGAGGGGUCAGUCGACGGGAAGGGGGGCAGCUCGAGCGGCGAGGAAGAGGACGUCGAUGAGGGGUCCGAUGUCGGCGACGGCGGAGAGUUCAACUUCACGCUCUCGUCAUCCUGCUCAUCCGCCUCCUCCGUGAGCGGCGACGGCUGCGCCGGCUCCCCCUCCGAUGACCUCUUCUUCAAGGGUCGGCUCGUCCCCAUUGAGCCGGGUUCCUCCUCGGAGCCCAACAACCCAAACUCCAAGCCCCACCUGCCCGUCUCGCUGAUGAAGUCCGCUACGAGGCUCCGAGUCUUCAUGCUGGGCCUGAAGAAACCGAAGGCCGACCAGCAAAAGGAUCUGCCGGAGAAAUCACAGGCCGGCGGCAAGCCGCUCGCUGUGAAGCUGAAGGUCGAGGAGGUCCCCAUCAUCUCUCUGUUCACGAGAGACAACAGCUCCAAGUCGCAGAAGCAAGCCAUGCCAGCUCACCCCGAGGAAGUCGCCAAUGGCUCCGACGAGAAGAUCUUGUUCUCCAAAGAAGCUGUGCAGCGCUACCUGAAGAAGGUCAAGCCGCUCUACGUCCGCGUCUCGAGGAGGUACGGGGAGAAACUGAGGUUCUCCUCCGGGCAGCUCGGAAGCGCCGGGAAGGUCCAGACAAUGACAGAGCAGCCGACGCCGGCAGAGGCGGGUGGCGGAGCCGCAAAGGGACACAUCAGGCAGGGGAAUAUCCCGGCGGGGCUGAGGGUGGUGUGCAAGCAUCUGGGGAAGAGCCGCUCGGCCUCGUCGGCGGUGGCGGCGGCCCCGAACAGCAACCCAUCUUCAUCGAGGAGGGAUGACUCUCUGCUGCAGCAGCAGGACUGGAUACAGAGCGCCAUCCUCCAUUGCAAGAGGUCCUUCAAUGCGUCUAGAGACUCGGACUCGGAGCCAUCGUCUCUGCUGGCAAGAUCGGCGAGCGAGCCAUUUCAGGAGAUAUCCAUGGAGCUGCUAAGAAAAUCUUCUUGAAGGGAAAACGGGCGGGAAACCUAUGUGGGCAUCAAAAUCACCGAGGAAGAGAAAUUGAUGAGGUAUCUAUAUCCACUGUAAAUCUUUUGGUUAAUUUCUUCAGGCUUAUUAUUAUUAUUAUUAUUAUUAUUAUUAUUAUUAUUAUUAUUACUAGGAUUAGAUUUAGGGAGGAAGAAGAAGAAGGAGUUGUUCUUAGGAGACGUCCCAGUGAUGGUGAUGAAGAUGACUGGCGGUCGGUCUUGUAAGGCAAGAGAGGGAGCAAAAAUCUCAUCUUUUUGUAACCAAAGAAAGAAAGAAAGAAACAUCAGAUCUGUCCGUGUCUGUGUAAGUAAAUUGGGCAAUCACUAGCGUCAGCUAAGAGCAGAGCACGACAUGACACGAAUAGUGUUCUGAUGAUGAACAGUCACAAAAACAAAAGGAGAAACAUUAUAUAAUUAUUUCAAAUUUACUGUCCAA